UCUCGCUCUCUCCACGCCCACACCCGCUGCCCAGCAAGCUACCAUGUCGCUAACCGUGAGCUGCCUCCUGAAGCUGUCCCUCGCCCUGGCCGUGUUUGCCGUGAGCGUUGAUGCAUUCCCUCCAAGACUCUUUGCUCGCGCUGGGCGGCGUGAGGAGACUCGUGUGGACACCGCGAUGGACUGCACGCCAGGACCAGACGGCACCACGCCCCACGGGUGCGCAGACACCGUCGCGGGUAACGCCAUCAGCUACGAGACCCCCGGUGAGGAGGGGUUGGUUAGGCUGUGGCAGGGGCUGGAGGAUGACGUGAAGGUGGUGGAGGACGAGCGGGCGGGCACCUUCAUCAUUCGCGUGCCCCAGUACCAGCCCGUGCACCGGCGAGGCUGUCCAUACAAGCACAUCUUCGUCGCCGAGCUGGGAAUAUGCAUGAAGGAACGCACCCUGCGCGAGAUCUCCUACAGGUACCCCAGCCUUGCCGCCCGCCUUAUCUAAGAGACAUAGAUGGGGUCUCGGAAGCUGUACACUAGUCAUAAGAGUAGUCAUUAGUAGUCAUAAUAGUAGUAGUAGUAAUGUGUGUUGUAGUUGGUAGUGGUGUUUGAGAGCAUACUUUUUUUUCUACUUUCGUAACGUUGUGUUGUUUGUACUAUAGUUAUGUGUCUAAUUUAUGAGUUGUAUUGCUAGUGUAUGUUAUCGUAGAAGUACUCCUGCUGUUGUAUUUAUCGCGUAUGUGUUCACUCAUGUCAAUAUUUAAAUUAACGAAAAGUGACAGCUGCUGGAUGGCUGUCGGAAAUAUAUCAUUGUGUGUCAUGGAGAA